AUGGAGGAUGCUCAAGCACAACUACUUGUAAACAUUCACACAGAUAUUGCCAAUGGUACGUUCAAUGACAUCCAAAUUAUAUGUAAGGACGGAACAACAACCGGAAGCCGCAUCGUACUGGCAGGAAUGUCUUCCUAUUUCCGGGCUAUGUUGACUUCCGAUAUGACAGAGAGUCAGACGGGCGUCUUGAACCUUCCCACGGUGUCGUUGUCGGUGUUGCAAGAUGUUAUCAAAAUGUAUUUGUGUGGAAUAAAUUUAGUGAAUGAAAACAACUGUGUUCAAGUAUUCGAUGUUGCAGAGAUGAUGCAGCUUGAAUACAUCAAAGGACUCUGUAACAUCUACCUGAGGGAAGGUCUGGUAUUAACUGUAGAAAACUGUUUAAAUUGGUGGAGAAUUUUGAAAUUGUACCAUUCCCUUGAUUUGUCCAAUCAAGCAUUUUGCUAUUUGGCUGAAAAGUUUGCUGAUUUUGUUCAAACAGAAAAUGUAGUUCAGCUGUCAAAGGAAGAAGUUUUGCAAAUCAUUUCAAGAGAUGAUUUAAAAUGUAAAGAAGACAUCAUAUUGAAAGGUGCCAUGAAGUGGAUUAUGCAUAAUAAUCCGGAUCACGAAGAUGUCAAAACUAUUUUUGAAAACGUUCGUCUAGAUAUUGUUGACUCACAGUUUCUGAUUAAUGAAGUUGUAUUUUCAGAUAUUGUUUGCAAAAACAAAUCUGUUCAGGAAAUGAUACAAAAAUCACUAUCUUUACUCGGUGAACGCACAGCCUACUCAAGGUUGAGAACUGAUGUGUUUGUUCUCCAUCAUAACAACACGUCACUUCUGUCUUGCUUCACGUCAGAUGACAAGUGGGAAGACGUCCCACAGGCCCCAGUAGAUCCUGGAGAUCUUUAUUCAGCUUCAAGUCUGGAUUACAACAUUUAUAUCACUGGUGGGAAUUUCAAGCCAAAAUAUACAUUGAUUUAUGACACCCUUAAGAGAGUUUGGGCAGUAGGUCCAGACCUCAUACAUAAACGUCACUACCACUGUAUGGUCACAGCUAACUCUAAAGUGUACUCGAUAGGUGGUCGUUAUAGUAACACAAUAGAAGAAUUGAACGAGAGUGAGACGCACUGGCGGGUUGUUGGAGAUUUGGGGAUGCAACGAGAUCACACUUUCCCUGUUACAGUUGAUGGUAAUAUUCUCGUUAUGGGAGGAAGAACAGACUCAGUCGGGUCAGAUAUUAUCCAGUGUUUUAACACCAGCACGUACACUGUCAGUCAGCUGAACACAAAGUUACCUUGUAGCUCUAUGUCACUAAGAGGCUUUAUUCACCUCCCAGAUGUUUAUCUGUUAGGCUACGACGGCCACGUGAUGCAUCUCCAGAUCACCAACAUCGAUGGAGAAAUCCGGAUUCAGAUUAAAUCAACAGCAGAGUGGAGAUCAUUGACUUAUUGUUUUGGAGUAACACACCGAGACGGAAGCUUGCUGUGCUUCACAAAAGAUGGAAUCAGCAAAUUCAACCUCGCUGAAGUUUCAGAAGGCGACCUCUUUAACCAGGUGGAGGAACUCUCCGAGAUGGAGUGA